AUGUCCUUUCGCAAGCGAGGAGUCGUCCUCGGCAACCCCCGAACGCCAGCGGUUGCCAAGGUAGAGAAGUCCCUUCCCGCAGGCACCCGUCCAUCACCGCACGACGGGCGCCUCACCACAUCGUCCGGCACGCAGUCGCUGGACCAGCUGCUUGCGGGCCAUGCCGGCCUUCCCAUGGGCACCUCGCUCCUGAUAGAGGAAACCGGCACAACCGACUUUGGCGGUAUGCUGUUACGAUAUUACGCCGCCGAGGGCUUGGCCCAAGGUCAUCAUGUUCACGUUCUCGGCUUUGACGAUUCUUGGCGUCGAGAGCUUCCGGGCUUGGGCAGCGAGGCCAAAGAAAAGGCCGCCAAGCCUGAGUCGUCGUCUGACAGCAAAAUGAAGAUUGCUUGGCGGUAUGAGACCUUAGGAAACCGAGUCUCGCCAUCUAGAGAGCCUACACAACCUGUCUCCUCUCAGCAGAGUGCGUCAAGCGCAUUUUGCCACACAUUUAACCUGACAAAGAAACUGGAGAGUAGAGACAUCAAAGGCCAACUUUUUGGGUUUCCAAUUAUAAAUGUCAAUGCUGCUUCACAAUCCACGGGGUUCUUUCGCGAGUUUCUUAACUCUGUCGCCGCAAAACUGGCCAGCACGCCGUCCUCUACGAUCCACAGGGUGGUUGUCCCCAGUCUCUUGUCGCCGACGCUGUACCCGUCCUACGGAUGCAACCCGCAGCAAGUCUUGCAAUUCCUCCACGGCCUCCGCGGUCUCCUGCGCCAACACCACACCAGGCUGACCGCCAUCGCCACGCUGCCAAUCUCGCUCCAUCCCAGAGCCAACGGCCUGACAAGGUGGGCGGAGAUUCUCUGUGACGGCGUGCUCGAGCUGGUGCCACUUGGGCAUCAAAUACAAGUCAGCCGCGACCCGACCAGCGAGGAUAAGGCCCAAGGUUUAUUACGAGUCCACAGUCUACCCAUCUUCCAUGAGCGUGGCGGCGGCCUUGACGAGGGCUGGCGCCGCGAAGACUUGUCGUUCAAGCUCAGCGCCUCGACUGGUCUCAUCAUCACGCCAUACAGCCUGCCUCCUGUGGGAGAGGAAGAGGAACAGGCCAAAGAAGCUGCCGAAGCUGAGAAGAAGAAAAAGUCUCUUGAAUUUUAG